CUUGUUUGAUAAGUUUCUGAUAAAGAUUUAAUAUAAAAAAGCAUGUCUCACACAUAAAUUUGUUAAAAUAAUUUAAACAGUUUUAAAGUGAAGAACAAAAAAAAGUGAAAAAAAAAAAUGAAAAUUAUUUUGGCAUUAAUUUUCGGCAUGAUUGCCUGUGCUUCAGCUCAAACCUGCACUCAACCAAAUGAGCCACGACAAGUUGUACCUCAUCCAACGGACUGCGCAAGAUAUAUAGUUUGUGCUUUUGGACGUGAAGGUGUUCAUUUGUGUCCUGCACAUAUACCUCAUUUUAAUGCUUGCACAUUGAAUUGCACAACUUCAAAAAACAUGUGCUUCACAUGUUCUGAUCAAACUACUGUUGGAACCACCACCACUUUAGUUGACGGCACACCGACUCUUCCAGUUGAUAUUACAACAACGCUUCCAGUAGAUGGAACAACCACUGUAACCGAUGAGCCUACAUUUAUUCCUACACCACCUCCAGAUACCACAGCUGGAGCUGAUACAACCGCUACUACUGUUGCUACCACUAUUGCUGGAGAUACAACAAUUUCAGUCCCAACAGCACCAGUUGUCCCACCAACACCUCCAGUCGUUCCAUAAGCAAUGCUACAUCUGAUACCGAAGACUAAAAUUAUUUUAUUAUUUUUUUUUAAAUUUUUUUCAUGUUUUAAUGUGAAACUUGUGAGAAUAAUUUUG